UUGAGGUGUGCGAAAUGUUGUGGUGACCUUUUAUUUUAGUUAGAAAGUUAUUAAACUAAUUUUAAAGUUAUACAAAGGACUUAAAAAUGUGUAUAAAAUGGUUUAUUUUACUUGCAGUGAUAGCACAAGACUGUUCGUCACAGGAUGAGGAUGGGCCUUACAGAGGGAAAUACAUUGGGAAACUAAAUUCCUAUCACCACCAGGUAUCUGGCGAAGUGUAUGCAGUGGAUGAGUGGACCAUCAUACUUGUGAACUUCAACUACGAUGGCACGGGGGACGACACCUUCUUCUGGGCCGGAGACGCAGGCCGGCCGGGACCACAGGGCUUUAUCGUGCCCGAUGAACAUGGCAAAACCAACAUCCUGGAGCGCUACUACAACCAGGACGUUCGGCUAACGCUGCCGGAAGGCAAGCGAAUCUCGCGCAUAAAGUGGCUGGCCGUCUACGACAUCGCCAGCCAGAACGCCUUCGGGGACGUCUACGUGCCCGAUGACUUCGAAUCGCCCGCUCCACGCACUAUUGGCCCACUGGUCGGGGAACGAGCGGUCUCUAGCGAAUCUGUGCUCAUAGCUGAUGCCAGUACUAUCAUUAUCCCUGAAUUCAAAUAUGACGGCACCGGCGAGGAGGUUUACUUCUGGACAGGAGUGGGCCCGCAGCCUUCGUCGAGAGGGAUCAAGAUACCUGACGAUUAUGGAUACUUAGAGCCGCUACGAGCGUACAAGGGCGAAGAUGUUCGUCUAACCUUACCAGGCGGGCGCACAGUGUUCGACAUCAAGUGGCUAUCCGUGUACGACUUGGGCGCGGCGCGCUCGCUAGCGGCUGUACUGGUGCCCGACGCGCUAAACGUGCCGCCUGCGCCGCUCGCACUGCAUCCCUACAGAACAAAUCUGCCACACUGCAAGCAGCUCCACCGCGAUUACCAAGUGUCCUGGGAGAAAUUCGGCAACCAGAUCACCAUCGAACUAGCAGCCAGGAUCGAUGAAAACGAAUACAUGGGCUUUGGCAUCUCGGGCAGCGACAGCAAGACGCAGAUGUUAGGCGCCGACCUCGCGGUCGCCUACUACGACGCCAAGAUGCAGCGCGCGCUUGCUACUGACUACAACGUCACUGCUAUAGCGCCGUGCGUGCAAGUGCUGGGCCAGUGGCGCGGCGUGUGCCGCGACGAGCUGCUGGGCGGGCUGGACUCCAACCAGGUGUUCUCGGGCGAGUACGCCGACGGGCUCGCGCGCGUGUCCUACCGCCGCGUGCUCAAGCCCUUCGAGGAGCUGGACCGCGAGUGGGUGGUGGACAAGCCGGUGUUCGUGGUGUGGGCAGUCGGCGCGCGCGACGCCGACAACGAGCCCGCCUUCCACCGCCUACACCCUGCCAGGGAUGUCAUGCUCAAUCUCGACCAGAACCCGCCUGUCAACGACUGCUAUAACUUUACCGUUGGUUCAAACACAGCGCCCACGCCCUGGGAAGUGGCCGAACUCUUCGACCCGUCGCUCCGCGUGUUCACGUUCCGGCUCGGGCCGGCGGCGGGCGCGCAAGGCGGGUCCAGCACAGCCCCUACGCCUUGGGAAGUGGCCGAGCUAUUCGACCCGUCGCUCCGCGUGUUCACGUUCCGCCUCGGGCCGGCGGCGGGCGCGCACGGCGGGUCCAGCACAGCGCCCACGCCCUGGGAGGUGGCGGAGCUAUUCGACCCGUCGCUCCGCGUGUUCACGUUCCGGCUCGGGCCGGCGGCGGGCGCGCGCGGCGGGUCCAGCACAGCGCCCACGCCCUGGGAAGUGGCGGAACUCUUCGACCCGUCGCUCCGCGUGUUCACGUUCCGUCUGGGCCCGGCGGCGGGCGCGCGCGGGCUGGCGGGGCGGGGGCGCGCGGCGCCGGCGCUGGCGUGGUACGUCAACGGACAGCUCGCGCCCGACCUGCAGCUAAGGCGCGGACUCAAGUACAGCUUCAAGGUGUACGGCGGCAACAACCCGCACUCGGCGACGGAGUACCACCCGCUGAUCGUGACGGCGUCGCCGCUCGGAGGCCUGGAGCGGCUGCCCGACGCCGAGCAGCGCGCCGCGCGCGUGCUCGCCGGCGUGCACUACCCGCGCCGCGGCCGCCUCGCGCCCACCGCCGCGGGCCCGCUGUGCAUCGGGCGGCACGCGGCGGGCGCGGACCGGCGGCGUGACGCGGACUACGCCACCUUCCGCGCCUUCAACCGCUCGCUGCAGUGGGACUGCCCGCCCGCCGCGCCCGCCGAACUACUGGUCGCGCCCAACUCGUCUUGGCCCGACAUCGUCUAUUACAACUCCUUCACGCACGCGGGCAUGGGCGGGCGCAUCUUCGUGGUGGACCGCCACCGCCGCAACCUGGCGCGCCGGCCCGCCUCGUCCGUACAACGAGCGCUCCCGUUGGAUAUAUCCAUUAUGUUGGUGCUCGCCGCCGCCGCCGUCACGCUGUGGCGGCUGCACUAGCGACGUGACGUCAACAUCUCUCGAGUGUGGGAAGAAGGUAUUUGACACCGAUCAAUUGACGUACUUGUCAUGAACUGUCAAAACGAGACUCUUUUUGUAGGGCGAUACAAGCCGAUUGCGUCACUAUUUUUCCAACUCGCCAACUGUGGAUUUUGACAUAUUAUUAUAUCUGUCAAUGUCAUGUCAAAAAUAACCAAUCAUGCAGCAUUUGGACCUCGCGUCUACGUAUUGCCAUCUGGCGGAUUUUUCAAUAGCGAAAACCCUCAUUGACUAACUUAUUAUCAAUCAACCAAAAAAUCUUAAUUUACAGUUGAUUAUAAAUUAAUUGAGCUUUUGAGACUAGAAUGUUUUAAAAAAAAAUUACUUUAGAAUUAUUGGUGAAUGGUGUCAAUACCCGAUUCGUAGGCGAAACAUAAUUCUAUUAAGGGAACCGAGGCGUAAUGUUCCACCCCUAUGUGUUCAUAGGCAAAGUCUACACGACUUAUCAGUAAAAAAAUCGAAGAACAGAAACAAACUUUGCUAGCAUCAAUUUUAAAUGUGAUGAUGACGUACUUAAAGUACAUAAUUUUAUACUAAGCUAAGUAGAACGAAAAAUAAUUUUAUAGAUCAUAUUUCAAUUUAUACAUUUGACUUUUUACUGCCACUACGAUGCAUUUAGCUGAGAGUUAAAACUUUAAAUCAAAUCAUUUUUUUAAAUUGACUCAAGAAAAAUGUAUGCAUAAAAAAAACUACUAAGUAGUGACUGCCGUUCCAUCCGCAACACAUUCCAAUGUCCUGGAAACUUUUCCGUCCAUUUUAGGUCAUUCCAGACUGUGCUUAACAUAAGUUAUUUUUAAGACUGUGUCACACACAUCACUACUGUACAAUGCUCAAAUUAUACUAUUUUCAUUUCUAUACUUUUGUCAUAAUUUUUGAAAUUAUGAUACUUCUUUACAACACUUAUACCUACAAUUUAUUUUUCCAAUAACAAUAUGUAUGAAUCUCAAAUGACAGACUGAAACAUUUUAACCUCAAAAUAAUCCUAUGCACUGCUUUAAAUAUAAUCUACCAGCUAUACGAAAUAACUAUACAAAUUGCAUACCACAAUACUCGCUGCAAGUCGUCUUAUAUUGUAAAAUAGAAGAUCUCUUUGUUUUUGAAUGUUUUAGUUAUUUAUUUUAAGGCAACUAUUUUUUGUAUAUAAAAGGUACGUAAAUAAAAGAUAAAAUUUAUGUACUUGUGUUUAAUUAAAUUUACAUUGAUUAUAUUAUUAUAAUUAUAACUAUGAGAUUACAGUUAUGAGCGUACUUUUACAGUCAUGUUAAGUCCUAUCAUAUCGUCUAAAAUACAUAGUAUCUUGUAACUUAUUUUUAUACAAUUUAAAGUGUACUAUAAAUUUAAAGCAAAUGACAGUCGUAAAAACAAUUCACUAGGUACAAAAAUUUGUUCAAAUCGCGGAAUUUGACGUCCGUGAAUGUAAACAGAAAAUAUCACAAUUUCGAGAGGAACUAAAACUACAGUU